AUGAAUUGUUGUAUCUUGAAAAUCAACUGGCAUGACGAGAAUCUGCCAGUAUAUUCCGUCGACUGGCAAAGAUAUGAGGUAACUGGACCGUUAGAAUCGAUAAAUGGCGAAAAAAACGGAGAAAAUCCCACAAAAACUCCCGAAAUCAAGAGACUUGUCACUGGAGGUGGUGAUAACCAUAUACGUCUAUGGAGACUUGAUGAUGAAUGGACAGUCAAUUAUACCGAUUCCAACGAAGAAGACAACUACGGGCCUCGUGUAACCUACUUAUCGACGUUGGUCAAACAUACCCAGGCGGUCAAUGCGGUGAAAUUCUCCCCCCAAGGAUUACUAGCUUCUUGUAGUGAUGAUGGAUCGGUGAUUAUAUGGCAGAAAUCCCCAACUUUGAUCAAGAACAUCGACAACGAGUUUGAUGACGUAGAGAGCUGGACAGUAGUGAAGUUGAUCCGUAGUAAUGCCGAGGUAGUGGACCUAGAUUGGUCUCCUUGUGGGAAAUAUCUUGUCACGGGAUCCAUGGAUAAUAUAGUAAGAGUUUAUGAUGCUGACAGUGGUAAUAUGAUAGAUCACAUGACAAACCAUUCCCAUUACGUUCAAGGAGUUUCCUGGGAUCCUAAGGGAGAAUAUAUCGUCAGUCAAUCGGCCGAUAAGUGUAUGAAUGUUUAUAAGUUCAAGAAUGGAGGAACCCGGUUGAUAUACAAGAACAUUAGGUCGGAGGUGCCUAAUUAUAAGCUCAGUGAAGAGGAUGACGGUGUGGUUAUUGGGGAGAAAGAUGGGGUGGAGAUUAUAUCUGUUGAUGAUGAUGAUAAGAAGGAAGAGAGGGGGAUUAAGAAUAAGUCACUUUUCCAUCCAGAGACUCUUCAGUCAUUCUUUAGAAGACUUACGUUCUCCCCUGAUGGGAACCUUUUAGUGACACCUUCAGGAAUCUUCAGAUACGCCGAUGGAACUGAAACUAAUACGGUAUAUGUAUUCACACGUACUAAUUUGAAUAAACCAAUAGUCCAUUUACCAGGUAUGUCCAAACCUGCGGUGUGUAUAUCGUUCUCACCAGCAUUAUACAAAAGACAAUCCACAGAACUAGGAGUGUUCGAUUUACCUUAUAAGAUGAUUUUUGCUGUAGCUACGCAAGAUUCAGUGAUUAUUUACGAUACUGAGAAGUUAGAACCAUUAGCGGUGGUGAAUAAUCUUCAUUAUAGUACAAUUACAGAUAUGAGUUGGGAUGGUAAUAAGGUGAUAGUAUCAGCAGCCGAUGGGUUUUGUUCGAUGAUAAAAUUUGAUAAUUUAGGAGAAUUAGAUAUGAUAACCACAAAUGGAAAUACCACAAAUGGAAUUACCACAAAUCCAAUUACCACAAAUCCAAUUACCACAAAUCCAAUUACCACAAAUCCAAUUACCACAAAUACAAACAUUUCCAAUACUAACAAUGUCAAUACAAACAAUACCAAUACUAACAAUGUCAAUACAAACAAUACCAAUAUAAACCUCACCAAUCCUGGUGUAAUAAAAGAGAAAAUCAAUUCCAUUGAUAAUCUUAUCAGGAAAAAAAGCAAAAAUGUAUAG